UGUUAGAGUCGAUGUAGAUUUAUGCACGUUUUAAGAAGUUUAGGUAGUUUUUCUUAAAUUAUAAUUAAGUUGAGGUCGGUUUUGGCACUGACCAUUUGUUCGGGUCCUAUUUGGCACGACUGAGAGUGUUGUGGUCGAAAUUGGUACUUUUCCUCGUAUAUCAAAACGACGUCGUUUUAUCUUGUUAACGAUUGACUAACUUCUGUUAGAGUCAAUGUAGAUUUAAGCACGUUUUGAGAAGUUGGGGUAGUUUUUUCGAAUUAUAAUUGAGUUGAGGUCGUAUUUGGCACUGAUCAAUUGUUUGGGUCGUAUUUGGCACGACCUAAAUUGUUGGGGUCGAAAUUGGCACUUUUCCCGCUCAUAUACAUUGGAAAUAAACGUCAAUAACCAUAUACAGUAGUACCGUACCAUGGUUCUUACAUUAACAAAAAAAAUUGAACUUGACAAUGUUAAUAUAUGAUUAUAUGAGCUUCAUAUUACAAAUCAUUGAGCACUUUCACAUGGCAAAUAUCUCUCUGAAAUUAAAAACAGUUAUGUUCCAAGUUUCAUCAGUUACAAAUCAUUGAGCAGUAGCACAUGUCUCCUCAGUUAUGUUCCAAGUUUGAUUCACAGCCUCAAGAGUCAAGACCAAAAUAAAAGAGAAGAAAACGAACCGGGAUUGUUGAGACUUGUUUCUAUCUAGUUGUGAUAAACAGAUUAAAAUAUUUCUACAUUUUAUUUAGGACUUUAGGAGUUAGAUCAUCAUCAUUCUGACAGUUGACAUAGUUUACAUAUUUUUGGCAAUGCCAACUACUGUGACUAAAACUAUGAUCGCCGUUUUAAGUUACAAAAAAAAAAAAAAAAAAAAAAACUAUGAUCGCCGUUUACCAAUGUUAAACAUGACGGCCACCACUUUGUGACCUUUUCAAGAAAAUGAAAGGCGUUAACCGGUAAAUAUCGGUUGUACCCCUAGUUUAAAGGGUAAAACGCCAUAGAUCAGACGAAUCAUCAGGAAUGUUUUGGUCUUUUCCACAACAUUUUUUUCACCCAUGCCAUAUCAGUUUAAUUGUGUGUAGAUGUAGAAAGACAGAAGUCUUACCCUAGUUUCACAACAGUCUCUAUCUUUCUCUGUUAAUCUGGGAAGACUUUUGAUUCCCAAGAGGAAAAAAACAAAAAAAAACAAAACUAAAAGUGAAGUUUAGUCUUUUCUUCUUGCCGUGAGCAGUUUUAAUGGCGGGUUACAAAGCAGAUGAUGAUUACGAUUACCUUUUCAAGGUGGUUCUGAUCGGUGAUUCGGGCGUUGGAAAGUCCAAUCUGCUCUCUCGUUUCACCAGGAACGAGUUUAGCCUCGAGUCCAAGUCCACGAUCGGCGUCGAGUUCGCCACUCGUAGCUUGAAUGUUAAAGACAAAGUCAUCAAAGCCCAGAUUUGGGACACUGCUGGUCAAGAAAGGUACCGUGCGAUCACUAGUGCAUACUACCGAGGAGCUGUUGGGGCGCUUCUUGUCUACGACGUUACACGACACUCCACCUUCGAAAACGUUGAGAGGUGGCUUAGGGAACUCCGUGACCAUACCGACCCAAACAUAGUCGUGAUGCUUUUGGGAAACAAAUCCGAUCUUCGUCAUCUUAUAGCUGUUCAAACCGAAGAUGCUAAGUCUUUUGCGGAGAAUGAAUCACUCUACUUCAUGGAGACUUCAGCGCUUGAAGCAACUAACGUUGAGAACGCGUUUUCGGAAGUACUCACUCAGAUUCACCAAGUUGUGAGCAAGAAAGCAAUGGAGGCUGGUGAUGAUUCAAACUCGGGUAAUGUUUUUAAAGGAGAGAAGAUUGAUCUUGAUGUCUCUGCUGUGAAGAAAACAGGUUGUUGCUCCAACUAAAGACUUGUUAGUCUCUUGCUUAAUUAUUUGAGGGGUUUGGUCUGUGUCCCCAAGCUAAGAUCUUUUUUAUUUUUUACAUUCAAAAUACUUUUGAAGAUGUUUGCUUUAUUUUUAGGAAACAAACUGUGUUAUGCUUUUGAUUUGCUUUGCUUGAAAGUUGCUUAGUUUUGGUCUGAUUA